AUGGCAAUCAACUACCUAAUACUGCUCUCGAGACAGGGCAAAGUGAGACUGGCGAAAUGGUUCACUACCCUGUCUCCUAAGGACAAGGCCAAAAUCAUCAAAGAUGUCACACAGCUAGUUCUCUCACGCCGCACCCGCAUGUGCAACUUCCUCGAAUAUAAAGACACCAAAGUCGUCUACCGCCGCUAUGCAUCCCUCUUCUUCAUCGCCGGCUGCUCGUCCGACGACAAUGAGCUAAUCACUCUCGAAAUCGUCCAUCGCUACGUCGAACAGAUGGACAAGUAUUAUGGCAACGUCUGCGAGCUGGAUAUCAUUUUCAAUUUCCAAAAGGCUUAUUUCAUCCUGGACGAGUUGCUGCUGGCUGGGGAGAUGCAGGAGAGUAGCAAGAAGAAUGUGCUGAGGUGUAUUUCGCAACAGGAUAGCUUGGAAGAUAUGGAGGAGUCUGAAGCUGAACUAGCUGGACUGAGAGCACUUGGGUUUUAG